AUGGAAAGGUCUGCUAGGAAAAAUGAUCUACCACCGGGCGGUACCGGACACCAAGCCGGAGAGUCCGCCUCAGCGGGUACGCGACGCGAUUUAUCGCCUCUCCUACCCGCUGGCUCCCCACACUCGGUGGAGGGGAACUACAGACUUCAGGAGGAAGCGCUGACUCCGAUAUAUAACAGCGCAGAAGAUAAGAAGAGGAAGGAAAAAUCGGUGCCAAAAACAUCUGGCCGAAUAAAGAGACCGAUUGAAGCGGUGGAUUGCAAGGGAGACUGCAAGGCCUCGCCUGAGGCCAAAGUACCAACGGCCCGGAGGGGCCGAUGGAAGCACUCGGCGAACCCGCGACGCACCCAAGUCACCACCGUUGAAGAAGAAGAGCUGACCGAGGCACAGUCGGACAGUGACAAAGAGGAGACGAUCCGGCUUAGUAAAAGAGGGAAAGAGGAAAGCCGAUCGCAAGAAAGGGGAGAAAACCUGCUCUCCAAGAUAGUGGAAGCAGGGAAAAAAGGACAGAAGGAAGAUCCAAAUCAAUCCUCUGGAGAGGACGAAAUGGAUAUAGAAGAGGGGAAAGAAGAGGAGGACGAGAAGAGAAAGGAGGAAAAAGACGUAGAAGACAACCUACAGAAAAUCGACAGGAUCGGCAAGGAGAGAGACCUGCUCUGUGCCGAGAUGGUCGAGGUCCUGCGGGAUACUCGGGAAGUCGUCAAGAAUAGGAGCGACUUGUCUGCGGAUUUUAAGGAGGAGUUGACCGUGGUUCUGCAAAAGUUUGAGGAGGACGCCGCCGACCUCAGCAAAUUGCUUGAUACCUCGUGGGUACGGGAAAUAUAUGUCAGGUACCGCGCCCACAAGGCUGAGAAGCAGAAACUAGAGGAGGAAGUUCUGAAGCUGAGGGUGGAGCAGGAGGCUAAUGAAAGGGUUAUGAGCCGGCUCAACGGAGAAGUGACCGAACUCAAAGCAGAAGUGGGAAGGUUGAAAGACCUUAUCUGGACGAUCCAGAAUCGCCCACCACUCGCGGCAGGAGGAUGCGCCGCUAAGGUGAAGAAGCGAAGACCUGCAACAGAGGACGCACCACUAGUGAGAGAAAGGUCAUGA